AUGGCUUUCUGUUCACAAGUUUUUGGAAAUGGAAAAGAGAAGGCUAUCGAAAGAAUGCAAUACUAUCAUUUUAUUCUCUUUUGCAAACUAAUUUACACCUCCGUCUGUCUAUCUAUCUAUCUAUCUAUCUAUCUAUGUCAGUAUCUUCGUCUCUCUCUCUUUCUCUCUAACUAUCUAUCUAUUUAUCUAUCUAUAUCAGUGUCUGGCUUGCUCAUACUAGCGCGCACACACGCUCACAAUUAUAAAUUCUUUGUUUUUUUUUACUGCCAAUAUGUCUUCAAAAAGUAUUUUACUACUUUCUUCCUUACUUGUUAUUUACUUCUUUUUUUUCCUUACUUGUUACUUCGGCCUUUCCUCAUUAGCUGUGAUUUCUUUUUCACUUCCUUACUUGUUUUUUUCGUUAUUUUUCCCUUACUUGGUAUUUCCUCCUUUCUUUUUAUUUCAUUCAUUUUCUUUACUUCCUUCUUCCUUACUUUUUAUUUCUUUCUUUCUUCCUUUCUUGUUAUUUUCUUCUUUUUUUCCUUACUUUUUUAUUUUCUAGUUUCCUUCUUACUUGUUACUUUCUCACUACUUGUUAUUUCCUUCUUUCUUCCUUUUUUCUUAUUCCCUUCAUUUUCCUUAGUUGUUAUUUCUUUCUUUUAUUCUUUACCUUUUAUUUCCUUCUUUCUUCCUUCCCCGUUAUUUCCUUCUUUUUUUCCUUCUUUCUUUGUGCUUGAAUUCUUCCAUAUCUAUCUAUCUAUCUAUCUAUCUAUCUAUCUAUCUAUCUAUCUAUCUAUCUAUCUAUCUAUAAAAAGGCGGGAUGUGUCACGGGCAACGCCGGGCCAUGCUGCUAUUCUAUCUAUCUAUCUAUCUAUCUAUCUAUCUAUCUGUUAA